UCCUCCCAAUGCAAUUUCUCUGAAAACAAACUCUCUCUCUCCCCCCCGAUCACCUUCUCCGAUCACCAUGGCGUCACCGUCACCGGAGGAAGAGUUUCCGGACAAUCUCUGGUUUCGUUUGGAGAUGAACGGAGCUCAACUGUUCCAGAAGGCCUUGAGACCCCUGUUUCAGUCCGCCUACUCCGACAAAGAGUACCCGGAAGAAAUGUUCCUCGCCGGGAAGAUCCUCGACGACGGCUUGAUGAGCAUUUCCAAGACGGACGGUGUUUUACUGGCCUCCAAAGCCACUUUCCGGUCUACUGUUUACACAACUCUGUCGCUGCCGAUUUCGACCUUCACACAAUUCCGCUGCCGCCAGGACCGCGUGCUCCGCCUCCACCUCGGCCUCUUGGAGCACCGAAUCAACGCCACCGUCGGCGGCUAUGAUUCUGACGACGACGUUUCGAUACGCUUCUCCGGAGAGAGCACCAACUACAACACCUUGAUCUAUGGCGUCAGGGACGGUGGCGUGGACGGUGGUGAACUGGAAACCUCUGAAAUUGCACUGAUGAACUCGAAGCCGGGUCGGGUGGUUGGGCAUGUGUCGAAGUAUCAACUGAGCAUUGAGAUGCCGGCGGAGACUUUUAUGCAACUCAUCGAUUUUCUGAGCUUGUAUGGAUCUGCAGUUAAGGCCACCGUGACAAAUACUCAAAUCAUGUUCUGUGUUGUCAAUAAGGAGGUUGUUUUGAGGGCAGAGGCUGAGAGAUACAAGAUUGUGCAUUCCGCAGGUCAAUAUCCAUAUUUGUUGGAAUUUGGUCUCGAUCAAAAGAGUGCAUUCCUGAAUGCGGCUAUUCUAUCAAACAUAGUUAGGCUGCACCAGCUUACUGAUUCACGCACCGUGUUGGAGGUACCUAUUAGUGCUCUCGGCAGCCUCAUGUUUUACUCUAAGCUUAGGCAAUGAUGAUCUAUGACUAUGAGUCAUAUUUUACAUGUAUUUUCUGUUUUUCCUCGAUUGGUUGAUAUUGCUGAAAAGGUUCAGGAAAUUAGAGGAUCGUAAUCUCAUUGUUUCCAUCAUUGGUUCAAUAGAAAUCUACAAUAUA